AUGUCGGAAAUUGACGAGCCGGACCCCGGGCUGUUAGAAAAAGUCGUGCCGCGUGUGACAGUUGAGAUGAAUGAAGCAUUUCCGAGGCCUUAUAUGGCGGAGGAAGUCAAGAGAGCUCUGUUCUCUAUUGGUGAUCUAAAAGCUCCAGAAUGGGAACAUCAAUUUGGCUCCCGCAUGGUGAGCACCGAAGGCCCUCCAACGGUGAACCCAGUGUGGUCAAUUAUAUGGAAGCUGAAAGUACCAAGUAAGAUCAAAAUUUAUAUGUGGCGAGCACUACGUGGAGUGAUCCUGGGCAUGGGAGUUCUUGCUCACAGACACAUAAAGGUAUCUCCACAAUGCCCUAUCUGUCGGGAGUGGGUCGCGGACAUCCGACAUCUGUUAUUCACAUGUAGUAGGGCGAGGAAAGUGUGGAAGGCACUUGGCCUUAUGGAUGAAAUAGAGAAAUCUCUCCUUGUGGAUCGGUCUGGCUCAGUUGUUUUGGAGGAGAUUCUAAGGUGGCCAGUUCAGAGAUCACCAAUACUAGGUCACCUGGGUCUCCAAGAAGUAGUUACGGUUGGUGCAUGGUAUAUUUGGUGGGAACGUAGGGAAGCAAAGAAGGGUGCUACUGUCAAGAAUCCCAUCAGUUCAGCAUUCUCAAUUCAUGCAAUUGCAUCAAAUCAUAUUGGUCAGAUUCCAGAAAAUAUUACUUUUUCUGAGCGAUGGGUGAAACAGACACCAGGAUCGUACAAGGUAAACACAGAUGCUUCUUUUUUUGAAGAUGGCUCAGGAGCGAUCACUGCUAUUAUCAGAGACUCUCGAGGACAUGCAGUAGCGGGGGCUACAGAGCUCUUCGCUCAUGCUCAUGAUGUUGCUUCAGCGGAAGUGCUAGCACUACGGCGUGGCUUGUUGCUGGCAGUGAGAAAAACUGCUCAAGGGUGA